GGUCACGCCUGUCAGUCGGCGUCGGACAAUUUGCGAGUGAAGAUGGGUCCAAAUCGGAAUCGGUUGCGACAAGUGUUCUCCGGUCCGGUCGAAAGCUGUUGGUGGAUAAGUGAAUUAUCCAAAACGUGCAAACUUGUUAGAUGUUACUAAUUAGUGCAGUGCUCGCUGAGAAAGUAAUGGAAAUUGAAUCUAAAUCAUGCAUUAGUUGUCCAUAAAAAUUGAAAAACAAAUAUAAUAAUGUGAUAAAACGAAAAGAUAUAAGAAAUAUAAAUUGUAAUAAUAGAAUGUUAUACAGUGACAAUCGAAUACCAAUCAAUUUUUUACGGAUUCAUAAUACGCUAACUGUGAAACAUACAGGCCUUUAUACACCAAAACCCCCACUAUGAGUCUCUAUGAUUCAUACCGUGUAUCAUUUAUUUGCUUUAAAUUGGUUGAUUAAUUACGGCGAGAUGUAUUCAUUUUUAAUCCUACGCAACCAAGAACUGUCCGGCAAGAGACGAGCCAGAGUGGAAAUUCUGAGAGCUGCCCUUUGAGCUCCGGCUGAGUCCGCUUGAUUGAGCCAAUUAGUGUCGGAGCUGUUGGGUGCUAGCGAUCGAGCGGUGCUCUUUCUGGGAACGACCCGAAGCGAACGACGGGCAAAUGAAUGAAAUGCAUUUAUCGUGCCACACUACCCGGGGCAAACUGUAUUCUCAAUAGUUGAAACAAUCGGCCAUAAAACCGUGUUCGAGUGAUCAUUCGGUAGCUCCCUGGACGCAGGCAACUAGUGCGCGAAUAAAAGUGCGCGAUAGUGCAGAACGUGACAGCAAAAGAGAAUCCGAUCAAAAACAUUCUAAUGAUGUCAACAAAUUCCGAACCGGCGAGUCAUUUGCUGCCGUCGGUAAGUGGUGGUAGCAUUCUGAGCUUCAGCAGACAAUCCUCGGAAUCGCCGCUGCCAGCAGGAUCGACGUCAUCGUUGCUAGCUCAACAAUCACAGCCACUGGAGCUCGGCUUGGAAAGUGGCAAAUUGCAUGCGCUGACGGUAGACAGCAGCGAACACACUCACCGAGAUGACGGUUGUGCUAGUCUUGAUGAUCAUGAAGAUGAUAAUGAUAAUCGCAGUGAUGACGACAGCGAAGGCAAGUGGUAUCGGCUCCGCAGCAGCGUUUGUAGCGCUGGCCACGGCAGUAGUGAACGUUUACUCGCUCGAAACGACGGCGAUCGCGAUCGUGUUCAAGCCUGCAUCGAAGAUUGCUGGAUCCCGAAUAUUAUCUACGAGAAUGUCGCGAAUAUUCAGCCGCAAAUUUUGAACGGUGGUUGUGGUUAUGGGAAACUGAGAAGAUGCGAGGAGAAUAUUUAUGAGAAUAUUUGCGAAGAUUGCGGUAGGCUGUACAGUGCGGAUAAAUGUGCCUUCUGUGCGGUAGAAGACGAAAUCGAAGCGGAUCGGACAAAGAAAGCCAAUAAGUACAGUGCCAAGUUCCAGGAAUUUUUCGGUAAUUUUUGGACGAAACCAGUCCGGUUUGGUGGUAGUGGAAGCAUUGCAGCGACCGGGACGAUCCACGGCAAGCGGAAGCUGUGCAAGAGUGACAUUGUGCACAACGUGAACGGUUUCGAGGAUGUGUUUCGCACCAACAAAUCAUUCGACCUCGGCGAGAUCUGUCGGAUGCGUAAUGACGCCCGCUCGUCGGAACUGAUUGUCGCUGUGACGGCGAGCUCGCCACCCCAGCAGCCCAGCAGUGUCGGUGCCGAACGAGUGCCGCGGCACAAAAGUGAGGAUCAUUUGGCGUCGUCGGUUGCUUUGGAGUCAACCGCCGAAGUUUCGCGUGCAGUACUACCACAAUCAACGACGACGACGACGGCGGAAACGAAAGACAGCGGCUGCCAGCGACUGAAAGUGAGAAGUGCCAGUGAAAACUUGAUCGAUUUUUCCACGCCGGAGAGAAGAAAUGAAACCAUUUACGAAAAUUUACUGGCCCCAAAUCGGCCCGAAUCGGGCGGCUGCGAUGGACUGCUGCAAACCCCUCCCGCAGUCAGCGAGUGGAUGAUGUCAUUGCUGGUGGAGACCGAAGAUUAUGCCGAUGAUUUUGAGGCGACUUAUCACGUGAAAAGCAUUCCGUCCGUUACCUUUAAUGAUGUUAGUGUGGUGAGCUGCUGGAGCACAGUUAUCAACGGAAGAAAGUGGUUCAACUGUGGGAACGAACAAGACAUUAGCUAUAAGAUUGAAGAGUUUCGACAGAAUGUAAGAAACAAUCGGUGCAAUCAGCGUUGCGAAUCGGAACGAGGGGAGUUGUGUGAUCCAGUGAUAAUUUCUUUUCGUAACUCAAUUUUUGAAAAUGAGAACACUGAUCAGUCGAAGCCGAAGAACGUUGCGGGAGAUAAGCCCGAAGAAAGUGCCAUCGGGUUGUUGAAUGUUUUCGAUACCGUCCAUUAUUUGGGAGAGGCGCGCGACGACGCUUGCCAAAACAUUACCGUUGCUGAUACGGGUGGAGGAGCUGUGAAUGACGUGAUAAGACCAUAUCGGUCACAGGUAUACGGGCACGGGUGCACGCGGACGGUGGUAGAGCGGCUAUCGCCUGGCAAACAGUACUCAGCGAGAGACGAUAGUAAAAAACGCUUACUGAUACGAAAACAUUUACUGGCGAUUAGUUUGUGUCGGGUUGUGAUUUCGUACGAACGUCGUUUGAAAGUGUUCUGGCUGGUUGCAGCAUUUCAAAAAGUGGCGCAACAGCAGCGCAGUUUAGUGUUAAAUAAGCACCGGACGUACAUCAGAAUAAUGGCCGACGAAUGUCAGCCGGUAGCCAGUACUCUGCGUGAAUCGAUAGAAAUUGACAAGUAUUUUCGGUUCCUAGAAUCUAACGAAGUCAUGAUUAACUUGGCGGCCGCCAAGAGGCGCCGGCGUCGGAGAGGUGAACUCAUCAAUCCGGAAUUGCAAAGCAAUUCGUCCAAUGAAAUAAGUUGUAGCAGUACCACUAGCGGAGUACAUUCCGACUGUGGGAUUGGUCCUCUGGAUGAACAUAUUUACCAACGAGUUUGGACCUGUCGAACAGAAGGAGCCGAACAGGUGUACGAAUCUCCUCAAGAGCACAUCUAUGAAUACAUCAAACGGAAUUCGACCGUAAAGCCUCGGGAUGAGCACGAGUGGCUGGUGGUGGAUGAUUUCUCUUUUUCCAAAAGUAACCGGAGAAUACACCGACCAGCCCCGCCAAUCCCAAACCGUAACGUACGACAUCCGCUGGAUCGAUACAAGAAUGUUUGCAUUCUCUAUAAUCCAGUAGAGCCAAAAAAUAAUCGAAUAGUGUACGAUUACCGGCGUGAUUACAUUUUCGACUAUCGUAGUCUGACGAAAGAUGACGUACCAUCGGCGACAGACUCCGGUGCGUCAUCUUCCGGGGAAGAGGACGAGGAAGACGAUGAAUUGGAGUUUUGCGACAGCUAUCCAGAAUCUGAAGACGACGACGGCGACACAGCGGGUGCACAUUACUCGACCGUCGAUUCUCGCGAAAGUCGAGGUAAAUACAGCUGUUACGCGAUCCCGGAUUGUGUCCAGUAUUGGAAAUUCAUGCUGCUCAAUGUAAACUACAACGACGACGAGGAAGACGUGGUAAUGACAGAAACUACAUUAGCCGUGAUAGAGGAAAACACCGACAAGUGCCCUCCAACACCGGGCGAUCAAAGCCCUAAAGUAAUUACCCAAACACCUUCCUCACCUUCCGUUUUAAGCCCACCAGGUAAUCCAGCUGCUUUACGGAUAAAUGGCAAAUCGCAAAUCCCCACUGCCGACAGCUGCCCUGGAACGUACAAAUCUAAAAGUACGGAAAACCUGCCGGAUGUCACUCCUCAGGAAAAGGAAAAAUCACCCUCCGCCGGCAAGCGAGAAUGGCUCCGGGAUAAGGUGAAAGCCGUCCUGCCGCUCAGUUCAUCGCGACACCCCGAGGAGGGACUGGUUUUUGGUGUAGAGCUGGACCACGUGGAAAGGGACGAAAAGCUACAGAUACCCCGAUUCCUGUUCGAGGUAACGGAAAUUCUCAAAGAACACGAGUACAUCAACACCAGUGGAUUGUACCGAGCAUCGGGAAAUAAAAAUUCCAUUGAAAACAUCAAGAAGAAACUGAACGAGAAGCGUUCUCCGAAAAAAUACGAGUUCCUCAAGAAGCAGGAUGUCCACUCGCUAACGGGCUCGCUUAAGCUGUUUUUUCGGGAGUUGAAGUCUCCGUUGAUAUCGAGGGAUGUCUACGAACAAUGUGUUCUUAAAACCAAAGAUGAAGCCGAAGCCAUUGAUAACAUCAAACUAGGUCUAGUGAAAAUGGAAACCAUUCAUAGAAAUACGUUGAAGUACCUCAUACGUCAUCUAAAACUUGUGCAUCAGCAUAGUGACGUGAACAUGAUGAACUCGUCCAACCUGGCGAUCGUGUUUGGCGCGUGCCUCUUUGCGUCCACGCUCGGGCUGAUGGAAAGCUAUGAAAACAAUGACUUAGGGAAAAUUAAUACGCUUGUGAAGCAGCUAAUCGAUCAUUACGAUAAGAUUUUCUACGAACAGUGAUAGCAAGUUUAAGACAUCAACCAAAAUGUGUGCGCGGUAUCCUCUUUGAGAACGUUAAGGCCGUAAUUUUAGAAUAAUUACAACCACUGUUAUAUAAUCUAGGUAUGUUAUAAAAGUUUUAUUUGGAGCUCUGAGAGGCGAGUGAUUACAAA